ACAACGAGGCACUUGACCAAAAAAAUGAUCUGUCUUAGCUCGUCCAUGUGCCCGUUCACUGCAUUCAUAUGGCCUGACUUUUUGGCACGCUGAGGACGCUCCCUCAAACACAGCUGUGCCGCUCUCCACGGUAGGAAACCAUCAACGAGAAUACACCAGACAGACAGACAGACAGACAAACAGACAGACCGGUUGCACACUAACGAAGGGCACUGCACCGAUCAGGUCAGACGAGUCAUAAACAGUGGCGUUUGGGGAGUCUCGAGGGCGAGGCAACCACACGGAAGGACACACUCACCCAUAUACACGCAAGGCUACUCUUUCGACAAAUCGACACACAACUUGAGCAAAGUGACGAGAGGCCAUCGAUUAUGGACCUCAAUAAAUAUGAUUCAGUCUACAAGCCCCCCCCCUCCGCUCCAACACACACACACACACGUCACGCGUCGCAUGUCCCUAGCUGGCUAUGCCAGUGCAUAGGCUUCCAACUCAUCGAGAUCGAAGUACCACCCCCUGACACUCGCAGGGGAAAAGCACGCCGGAGACCUGUUCGUCUCACAGCCGGGCACGUGCACCACGGCCCUCUCCCAGGUCGGCCACAAGCUGGACGGCGCAAAGGCGUGGCAUCGCUUCAGCGAGUGCAGCAUCGCGACAUUGACUGAAGGGGGGCGCUGGCCGGCCGAUGAGGGGAGGAUGCCCAGGGUGAAGCCCGACACGGCGAGGAGUGCCCUCAUGGUGGUGCCUCUGGCUGUGAUGUCGUCGACCCCACACCACUGCUGCAUCCCAGCCAGAUACAUCUCACUGCCCCCUAGAAGGGCUCCCUGGUGUCGAUACCCGGCCGGCCCCUUGAGCUUGAACACGGACGUCCUGGCUUCCAGCUUGGAUGCGUUGUCGGCCGUCACGUCGAUCUUGCCAGCAAUGGCCACGGCGAAGAACUCCCCAGUGCCCUCCACGCGACCCACGAGCAGCAGAGGCGAGCGGCCAUUGGUCGCACCGAGAAAAUGCCCCCAUUGCCAGCCAUGCUCUGACGCACGGUAGAUGCGCCUGAUUGGCUCCCCCAGCCGUGCUGGAAUCGCCCGUGGAUGCGCCACAUGGGGGUCGAGGUCGUCGGUGGCUUCGACUGGGUUCCAUGUGGAGUUUCGGAUAAAGUCAAUAUGCUCCUGCGUGAGCAGCCAGUCUCCCUCUCCCGGCGACAGGUAGACGCUCGAGUCGAUGCCGAAGAGGUCCAGAGGCCGACUGCACGGACACACACAACACACGAUCCAUCCAUCCAGGGAGUCAGUCAGUCUGUGUGUCUUGGGUGUGGCUGCCUGAGCGAACGCCUCACCUUUGGCCUUCGGCCGCAUCGGUCACAUCGGAUGUCGAGGGCCGCGUCGAUGGCUCUCGCUCCGGCUCGCUGACAGCACUCGACAUCGCGGUGGCGGCAGACGGGAUGGUGACUGAGGCGGGCUGCGCGGGCGGCACUGCGGUGCUGACGUGAACGCUGGGCGUACGAGAAUGCCUCUGUCUCGCAGCCUCUUCCCGUGAUGCUGCCAGCCGUCUUGUCCGGAUCCUCAUUACUCGCGGGAAAAGGUACAUCGCUGCCACUCUCAGAAGAUCCAUCGGCAGGGGAAGCUCUUGACGCGAAUAGACCGUGCGAAGACACGCAGGCU